AUGCAGUGUCUCCGAGCAUCAAGACCAAUUGGCGCAUUCCGCUCAAUACAACCCCAACGCGCCCUCUCCACCCUCCCAAAUAAUCCACACAUCUACACCUUCCCCGACCCCCCGACCUCCGGCCACCUCCUCACCCUCCUCCCUACCGACCCCCCAACCCGCUCCCUCGCCAUCGGCUUCUCCCCCUCCAUCCCCCCCUCCCCCUCCACCUUCCGCGAAAAUCCCACCUUCCUCCGCCUCCUCCAUGCCGUCAUCCGCACCCACGCCAUCCACGAUCCUCGCAUCCAAUCCCAAGCCCAGGUCUUCGCCGGCCCGGGCGGCUCCAGCUUCGGCUUCGGUGGCAGUACUACCCUGCCCAGCAACCAUCCCGCGAACCGGUCGCGGCGGACCGCGGAGCCGCGGAGCCCGGGGAUCAAGGCGGGGGGUGACGGAGCGGGCGGGGCGAGUAGGCAGGGUGGUGCGGGGGGCGGGAAGAUGGGUGGGUGGAUCCACGUGAGCGACGAGCGGAAGCCGCCGGAUUGGGGGCGGAUCGCGUGGCCGGAGGAUAUCUUUGGGAGUUUGCAGGUGGAUGGAGAGGGGCGGUUUGUGGGGGAGGGGGGGGAGUAUCAGGAGAGUGGGACGUAUCGGGUGGUGACAAACGAGGGCGUGUUGGGAUUGAGUCCAUUUUUGCGGGAGUGUUUGGUGCGCGAGCUACGGGCGUUGGAGAAGUGUGGGAAGAUUUGA